UUCUCUAAAUAACCUAAAAUAUAAGCCAAGGAUACUUUUAGAAACAUUUUCAAGUACAAAGUAAAUUAAAUUAACUCUGCUAGGUAGCAAACUGUGUAGUAACAAUAAGUACAAUGUUUUUGAACAAAACUAUCAUAAAUCCUAUUUGGCGCUGCGUUACAAAACCUGUGUUGACAAAUAAUAUAAGACAGGAAGUUUUGAAGAAAUUCAUCAGUACGACUGUUUGUUCAAAAUAUAUUGUUACAACUUCUUUAGUGCCAAAUAAAUGCCAAUUUUAUUGGUCUUAUAAUACGAUCCGACACAAAUCAAAAAAGCAAAGGGCCGAAGAGUCAGAUGAUGAAGGAGAUACCCUUGAUGAUGAUCCAUCUUUGUCAAGAGAUUCAAAAGUAGUGAAAUUCAACACCACAUCAUUAAGGACAGACUUGAUACUAAAAACGGCAUUAGGAGUUGCUAGAAAUAAAAUAGAGCAACUAUUCUAUGAAAGUAAAAUUAGAGUUAAUGGAAAAAAAAUUGUAAAGAAAAGUCUUUCAGUUAAAAUAGGAGAUGAAAUUGAUAUCAUAAAGACUGUUAGCCCAAAGAACUCUGAUCAUUUGUACAUUUCACGCAUUGAAGUGAUGAAUUUAACUGCAAAAGAAGAAACCAUUGUAGUCACCGCACGGAGAUUCAAGACACUGCUCAUUGAAAAUUAUGAAACUGAUCCAUACAAAGGGACUGCAAAUGAAGAAUAAUAUAAUAAUAACCUGAGACUCAAUCUCAACUAGUUUAGUAGUUUCUGUAAAUAAAUUAUAUUACUAAUGA